AAGCCCUGCCGUCGCCUUGUCGAGUCAUCGCCAGAGAAGAGCAGAGAGCAGACGGAGCCGCCGUCCGAUGGCUUGAAAACGGAGAAUAACUGUGGACCACAGCGGAUUUAUUGCACCACACAAGCCGAGGAGGGAGCACAAACGGCGGUCACGGCAGCGGGCUGGAUGUCGCUGCGGAUGUGGAUAUUGCAUCUUUAGAGUGUGGAGGCUGUUGCGUUUUUUUUUCUCGGUUUCACGGUUGCAGACCCGGACACAGACAACACAGAGACAGACGAGAGAAGAAGUACCAGAGCCGCCGCGACACCAGCGAGCGAACUUGGCUUCUCUGCCCUGUGGGAGGUGUCAGUCUGUCGGCUGUGGCUCGCUGCACAUACCGCUUACCGCGUCGUUGCUCGGACCUUAUUAUUAUUAUUUUUUAAAGGUUAAGGUUGUUGCUAAGUUAUGUUUUUGUAAAUAACGUCUUAUUUUUUAUUUUUUUUUUUUGAGGAGGGGGGUGUCUCGGCAACCAACUGUGGCUUUAAUGUGACGCACUGACGUUGUACUAACAUUUUGCGCUGUGUCGGAGCGGACCCCCACUGCAGAGGAGUUAAAAGGCUGUUAAAUCAAGUUUUUACCUUCAGAUUCCUACUGUACCCCUACAACCCACACCGAUGUAAUAGUGACAAGGGACGGAGCAGAUCAAGGUUGGCCAGGCUAGGCCAGGCUAGGCCUACCUAGCCUUCUGUCUGGCCUUACCAGACGGGCCAGCAACCUCUCCAGGGAAUCCUAUCUUCAACAAGCAGUGGCAGCCUGUUCUUACACAAACCUGCAAGGCAAGCUGUAAAGGAUUGGAUUCCCAUUACAUUUUGUCUUAUCCGCCUUUGGGAGGCCAUACUGGUCUGUUAGAUCACCAGUCCUUCCAUGUCGUGGUCGUCCCUCUCUGGAUGUUGGCAUCAGGAUGGAUUCUGGUGUUAAUUUGACGGUUGCCACCUCAUUGCACUGCUUGCACCCCCCCUCCUUUGACUGCCAUUCGUCCCUUCCCUCCCAAAUUUUUAAGCGAAAGCCCCUUCCUCUCUCUUGGGGCUUCCCUGAGCCCUGUACAGAAGGGCCUUGUAGGAACUGUAGGUUGUGUUGUUGAAACAGUUGCAAAGAGGAAGUAGAGUUAAUAAACCCUUGCUAAAAAAGUCACAAUGAAAAUUGCUGCACUCAAUUGAUUUGACUGAUUUAUUUUCUGUAACCCAUCCCCUUUGUUUAUCCACGAGUUUAAUUGGAGAUUGGAGAGCUUUUUAUUUGAAAAAGAAGCUUGCUAGUCGAAAUCAUUACUUUAAACAUAGGUUGGUCUGAUUACACAUGAAAUAGGUCCUUAUUUAUACUUAAAGAAUUUCUCUUUUGUGGUCUGAGCCUCGGGGAGGAAUGUCUGAAAGCAAUAGCAGCAGCAAAGCAGUGAAAUUCAUUGCCCCGGCCCCCCCUCCUCCCUCUACCUCCCUCUGUCCAUCACCCCAGACCCCCCACAAAAAUGUGAACGGCUCUUCCGGUUCAGACUCGCACGUUGUGGAGAAGCUCAGCGGACACCCUGAGGUCCGACGUCGGCGCCACACGAUGGAUAGAGACUCCAAAACAGCCGAGCACCGUUUCUUCCGCCGGAGUGUCAUUUGUGACUCCAAUGCCACAGCUUUGGACCUGCCCAGCAAAGCAGCCGUGAUACUCACCUCCCCUCCAGACUGUGAAGGGACGCCCACCUUCUUUUCUCCACAGCCCUGUGGUCCUGGACCUGGGGUACGGGAUGCUGAAGGUGGGGAGGUCCCAAGAGGUCCCUAUGUGCAGAGCUCGACCCUUCAGCCUGGUCUUGGGCCUGGUGGGGCAGUCGCUGAGGGGCGUGCACAAACUCCUGAGGACAAUUUAGAUGUGGGCAGUAUUACGAUUGCUGUUCCUACCAGUAGCAGCGUUCAACAUAGUGCAGAUGGGGAAGUAAAAGAGCCCAGUCCGACAGUAUUGGAUGUUUCCGACAAAACAGCAGGCCAACAGCCUGAAGUUAUAUUGCGUCCCAGAGGGUCAGAGAACAUAGAACAGGUGGCAAAAGAUGGAAAAGCGAUAGAACGUGUGGACGAGGGUAGCGUUAGUAGUCCAACUGAGGAGAAAGAGAGGGAGACGGAGGAGGAGAGGGGGCUAGCCAAAGCGCGGGCAGAGCAGAGGGAGGCUGAAAAACGAGUACAAGAGGAUAUAGAGGAGGUGGAGACAAAAGCUGUAGGGACAUCGCCAGAUGGACGCUUCCUCAAAUUUGACAUUGAGAUUGGAAGAGGGUCCUUUAAGACUGUGUACAAGGGACUGGAUACAGAGACUACUGUGGAAGUGGCGUGGUGUGAGCUCCAGGAUCGCAAGCUGUCCAAGUCAGAACGUCAGCGCUUCAAAGAGGAGGCCGGCAUGUUGAAGGGUCUCCAGCAUCCUAACAUUGUCCGCUUCUAUGACUCCUGGGAGGGACCAUGCAAAGGAAAGAAAUGUAUUGUUCUGGUCACUGAGCUCAUGACAUCUGGAACGCUUAAAACCUACCUGAAGCGUUUCAAGGUGAUGAAAAUCAAGGUUCUGCGGUCAUGGUGCAGACAGAUCCUCAAAGGCCUUCACUUCCUGCACACCCGAGCCCCGCCCAUCAUUCACAGGGACUUGAAAUGUGACAACAUCUUCAUCACGGGGCCUACAGGCUCAGUGAAGAUAGGGGACCUGGGUUUGGCUACAUUAAAGAGGGCCUCCUUUGCUAAGAGUGUCAUAGGAACCCCGGAGUUCAUGGCUCCAGAGAUGUAUGAGGAGAAGUACGAUGAAUCUGUAGACGUAUACGCCUUCGGGAUGUGCAUGCUGGAGAUGGCCACCUCAGAGUACCCCUACUCUGAAUGUCAAAACGCUGCCCAGAUCUACCGGCGGGUCACUAGUGGAGUGAAGCCUGGCAGUUUUGACAAGGUAGCCAUUCCUGAGGUGAAGGAAAUUAUAGAGGGCUGCAUCCGAACCAACAAGGAUGAGAGGUAUGCUAUAAAGAUCCUGUUGAACCAUGCGUUCUUCCAGGAAGACACGGGGGUCAGGGUUGAACUGGCAGAGGAGGAUGAUGGGGAAAUGAUUGCCAUCAAACUCUGGCUGAGGAUAGAAGACGUCAAGAAGCUCAAAGGCAAAUACAAAGACAACGAAGCCAUCGAGUUCUCCUUUGACCUGAACAAGGACGUCCCUGAAGAUGUGGCCCAGGAAAUGGUUGAGUCUGGCUACGUUGCUGAGGGUGACCAUAAGACCAUGGCCAAGGCAAUCAAGGACCGCGUGUCUCUGAUCCGGAGGAAAAGAGAGCAGAGACAGCUGGUACGAGAGGAACAGGAGAAGAGAAAACUGGAGAUUGAACAACAGCUGCAGCAGCAGCAACAACAACAACAACAACAACAACAACAACAGCAACAACAGCAGCAACAACAACAACAACAACAGCAACAACAGCAGCAGCAACAGCAGCAACAACAACAAGAGGCACUCAAAACAUCACACACACAGGCAGAGGUAGAGGAGACAGAGGUGGAGCAACAGCAGCUUCACUAUCAGCAGACCGGCAUUUCACACGCAUCUGAAGGAGGUCUGGACAGCGGCCAGGGUUCCUCAGUAUUCUCCUCAGACUCCCCCCACCUGGGUCAGCUGACCAUGUCGUACAGCUGCCCCCCCUCCAGCCAAACCCCUUCCCAGCCCCAAACCCCCUACCCUUCCACCCCCUCUGCUACCCCGCAGCAGCACCCGGGCUACGCCCAGCAGCCGCAACAAAUGCCUGCACUGCGUCGCCGUCGAUGUCGUAGCAUGUCUAUUUGCGUCCCCCCCUCCUCCUACUCUUUUUCCCAUGCUCCUCCACCCCUGGCUGUUCCUCCAAGGCAGCCCUCCACCCCUCCUCCAGACUUGUCCUUCUCAUCAUCCUACGCCACCACCUCCCCCUGCAUGCCUCUCGCAGCUGAGAGAGACACAUUCGCUGGGCGCCUCUCCAAGGCCCUGGAGACAGUCCUACCCCUACACUCUGCCUCCUCUGUGCCCAGGGCCAGGCAGCGGAGGGCCAGCCUACCUGCCCUGUUCUCCACCCCUCAGCAUUCAAUGCCGCACCACUACAGUGGAGGAGCAGGAGGAGGAGGAGGAGGAGGAGGGAGCAUCCCCCUCUCAGCUCUCCCAGACCCCACUACUAUUUUCUUUCCCUCCAUCCCUGAGCGGCCCAUUUCCUUCUCACCUCCUCCCACUGGGCCUCCUAAGGCCUACAACACCCAGAGACGCAAGAGCACGUCCAUUCUCGAGGCACAUACCCGACACUUCCAGCCUGCCUACACUCGCUAUGGGAGCAGCCUGCAUCCCUUUUCUGGGAUGGAGGGAGUUGAGACCCCCUCUCUCUUCAUGGUAAAUCCCGGUUUUGCAGCAGCUGCUCAAAGACUUGGUGUUGGGGAGCCGCUGCAUCACCCAGGACAAUCUGACCCAAGUAUGUACAGCUACAAAGAUAUGAGAGCAGAGCAUGAGGAAGCAGUGAGGAGAUUAAGUCUAAAUCAAGCUGCCUUAUUGGACCAUUAUGAAGCCAUGGCAUAUGGAGGAUACCCAAUGACUGCACACCAGCUUGGCCACUUGAGUUUCCAUCAGCAGAGGCAAGCAGCAGCUGCAGCUGCUAGUUUGGGUUUUGAUCCUGUUCCUCCACCUCAACCUGGGUUCUUGCACCCACACAUCAUGCAAAGAAUGAGUGCACACAGCCCGAUCCCUCCACCCUUACCUCCCAUGAGUGCACCCAUUGGUGGUUCUGUUCCUUCUUCAUCAUCUGAUGGAUGCUAUCCUCCACCACAGCAUGCUUCCCCUUCUGCUUUCCCUAUUUCUGCACCUCCAGUAAUGGCUGAUGCUCCGCCACCAACUGGAAGUGUGUUUGAGUUCCAUUUAGCCGCAGCUGCCGCCGCCGCAGCUGCUGCUGGGGACCCAGGCCUCUUGGCAUCCAGACUUUUCCGGGCUCGAAGGAGCUCCAUGGACCUCCCUCUGGAGGAUAACACUGGAACUGGAUCAGGUGGUUCAGGCACGUACAGCCGUCUCCAACCGGUGACAGAAGAGCUGUACUCGUAUGUCAGUCCCGAGCUGCCCUUGCCUCCAGGAAGUCUUCUUCUUCACCACACAGGUUUAACCAUAAAAGACAGAAGCCCUGAACCUUCCAGUGACUCUUUGGCCUCCUCCGACGCCGGGGAGUUUCAGUCACCUCCUCCCCCACCUCUUCUCCCUCCAUUUGACUCCUCAGCUGCUCAGUCCAUCCCUCACUCAUCCUCCGCUGCGCUCUACGAAUCAUCCUGCGGAGUGUUUCCCAUUGAUCCCCAGGGACAUCCACCCUCCAUGCAGAGCUUUCUCCCUCCCACUCCAUCCUCUGAGCUCCCUCUUGGGGGAGCAUCAUCAACUCAGCUGGAGUCUCUGAUCCAGAGUGCCUGGGCCAGGCAUGGCGGGGUGGUACCAGCCCAACCCGAUAUGACAUACCAUGAGUCAUUGCUGGCCAUGCAGGCCGCUAACCCCACUCUGCAGCAAGUUCAGGCUCCCACCUCCCAGCCCUCUCCAGGACCCCCUCUGGUCCCUGCCACCACCCAACCAGCUCCUCCUGGGACCUCUCAACAGGUUGUUUCAGGCAAUCAGAGUAUUACGUCAGUUCAGAGCCCCACGCACACAUCUCUGCCGCAGGCAUCUGCACAGUUUUUAGAUCUCACUCCUUCUCCCAGUAUAGAACAUCUUUAUUUUCUAUACCAAGCUGCUAAGCUAGCUCUGGUUCAGCCCAGUGUAACUCCGUCUACUGUUUCCUUGGUGACCCUGCCCUCUCCGUCGCCGUCCCUCCCCAUUACCGUGCCAACCACGGUUAAGGCUUCCCCUCCCACUCCUCUGCCACUCCCUGUUGGGGUGAUGCCUACUAUUGUUUCCCCUCCUUCUCCUCCUCCUCCUCCUCCUGUGCCCACACCUGUGCCUCAGCCAUUGGCUACCGUGGUGCCAAUCAUCAGUGUAGUCACCGCCCCGCCUGAUACUCCCAUGGAAGCCCCUCCCCAGUCUGCCUCUCAGUCUUCAGAGCUGUCCCAGUCCCAACUACAGCCACCUCAAGUUCUUUCAUCUAUAGAGAGUGGCCACUCUGAGACUUCAGGUCUGAGCGAUGGCAACGAGGGAGGUGGAGGUCGCCAUGAAGGUCGCUCCACCAAGCGGCAUCAGAGACGUUCUGUGCGAAGUCGAUCACGCCACGAGAAGCUCUCCAAGGCGAAACUCAAUGUUCUAAAUAUCUCCAAUCGAGGAGACAGGGUAGCAGAGUGUCAGCUGGAGACCCACAACAGGAAGAUGGUGACAUUCAGGUUUGACCUGGAUGGAGACAACCCCGAGGAGAUUGCCCAGAUCAUGGUCCAGAGUGAGUUCAUCCUGGAGAGUGAGAGGGAGUCGUUCAUUGAGCAGGUCAGAGAGGUGAUAGAGAACGCUGAUGAGAAGGGUCUGGAGAGAGACACAAACAGCCAGAUGACAGGUGAUAAGGAGCAACAGAUUCCUGCUAUAUCUGUCCCCAUGCCAGACAUCCCUCCUAGUGCAACAGCACAAGUGGUCCAUUCAGCAGGUCGGAGGUUCAUUGUCAGCCCCGUACCUGAAGCCAGGCUGAAGGAACAAAUGUUUCCUACCUCUCCUUCUCCUGCCCCUGUGCCUCCUGUUGAAACUGUUCCUCCAGCAUCAGCUCCAGCUCCAUCACAGACUCCAGGCCAAGGUAUGGCAUUGUCCCAGUCUGCCGGAGCAAUCAGCUUACAACAAGCUUUCUCUGAGCUCCGACAGAACCAGAUUCAGUUUGAUGCCGGACCCAGCACAGCCCCAGCUUCUAUCCACUCCACCCAUCCUCCUCUGCAUCCUCUAGUAGCUUCUGUCCCCUCACAGGCUAGCACAGUCACUCCUACUGUGGAUCCUACUGCUGGACUUGUCUCUUCUAAUUUAAACCAGGCACAGGAGCAGGUCUUGGAGUCCUCUCUUCCUCCCUCCUCUGCCUCCUCCACCCCCUCAUCAAUGCCUGCUGUUUGUCUCAGCCCUCCUUGUUCCUCCUCCCCUCCUCCUACUGUGGUGAAUCAGUCCAUCCUUCAGUCACAGCCGGGGAUACAGGCUGUGUCCCAACCCCAGGGGCAAGCACAAAUUCAGCCCCAGGCUUUCACACAGCCACAGUCUCAAACUGUUGCUGCUGUCAUUGCUACUUCAGUACCUUCAACUUUACCACCGGCCAGCAUCCCCCCAGCAAUGCUUACCUCCCCUCCUCCCGCCCAGACUGCUCCCCUUGUAUCCUCCCCUCCCUCCUCCACUCUAACAGCAAGUGAAGUCUCCUCCGAUCGUCCGUCGGCCUCUCCCACCUCCUCCUCCACUACUUCCCUUUCAUCCUCUGUCAUGCCCACUACUGCCAUCCCAGGCCCCCAGCUUGCUCUUGCUGCCACUUCCCACCCUGCUCCCCCUCCCUCCUCCUCCUCUUCCUCUGCUGUGGGGCUCCAGCCAGUGACCACCAAUGUUCCUUCGGUCCAACCAACCUUGGUCCACUCGCAGCCACAGACAGCGGCCCUGCCUGGGCAGCCGCACACACACUGUGGGGAAUGCGAUGCAAGGUGUGAGGAGUCCCAAGGCAAACCAGAUGACAUCCAAGCCCUGGAGAAGAAGCUGCGGUCACUCUUCAUGGAUCUCGGUGGAGGGAUGGCUUCCACACAGGGAGACAUCUUAGCUGCUGACCCUGCCUCUGGAGCCACCGUGCCAGGUACUUCUUCCCCAAUGGGCCCCUGCUCUACCUCCAGCACAUCUGUCACCACACCUGGCUCCAGCCAGCCGGCCAAUCCCCCUCAGCCCCCCUCCAGCCUUGCACUGGGGUCACCUGCUCCAAUCCAGGGUCCUGGAACGCCUAUCUCCACCCCUGCACAGAUUGUUUCUUCAGUCGUCCCUGCUUCAUCCUUUGGCCAGACCACUCCAUCCAAAACUCCCUUAUCCAGGGUACCGGCCAGUUCUCCUCCUUCAGAACUCCUGCCAUCUUUCCCUGGACCUUGUCUAAUACAGUCCCAGCAGCCUCUAGAGGACCUGGAUGCUCAGUUGAGGAGAGCGCUGAGCCCAGAGACUGUUUCUGUCAGCACACACACACAGGGCUCUCACAGUGGAUUACCUUCAGUGGGACAAAUUCCCUUCUCUCUGGAGGAAGACACUGUGUCCCCCUCUGUUCCUGGAAUUAAACUCGGAAGAUUUCAGGUCUCGUUGGCUACUGAGGAGCCUCCUGUCAAACGCCCAGCCUGCACUGAAUCUUCCUCCACCACCUCCUCCUCCUCAUCUUCUUCGUCCUCGUCGUCCUCCAGUCUCUCCAGCCCGGAGAAUACGCUGCACAAGGACUCCUUGUCUCCUCUGAAAGGGGAAGGAGGAGAUGUUGUGGACGGACUCCCACAAAGGACUCUGGGAGGGUCACAGCACCCUUCCCCCUUCACUUCACCCUGCCCCUCUCCUAAGCCCACCACUACCAUUGGACGCUUCCAGGUUACCACCAACCCAGAGGCCCGUGUGGGUAGAUUCUGUGUAAGUCGUGCCCAGGAGCAGAGCCUCGAGUCCAGGCAGACCCCUCCGCCCGCUGCACAGGCUGCUAACGGACCCAGUGAUCCCAGGCAGAUUUUGAGUCCGGACUCCACUCAUAAAGCCUCGCUGCCGAGUCUAAACAACAACUCCUUCAAUAACUCCUACAUCAGCAGUGACAACGACUCAGAAUUUGAGGAUGAAGACUUCAAACGGGAAGUCAGCCGCCUCAGAGAAAAGCACAUGCGUGAGAUUCAGGCCCUCCAUUCCCGCCAGAAGGACGAAAUAGACUGUCUCUUUACCAAGCUGGGAAAGGUUCCUCCAGCCACAGUGCUCCCUCCAGUUAUAGCCUUGACUGGCAGGAGGAGACGACCUACCAAAAGCAAAUCCUCCAAAUCGUCCAGAACCAGCUCCACGCAUGGCAGCAAGAGUCCGUUACAGCCAGGCAGCACUUUAUCCGCCCAGAGCGUCCCCACCAUGUACCCCGGCCAACUGGCUCUGUUAGCCCCAGGAGGAUUAGCCGAUUCGGGCACCAGUACUCUCCAGCCACUCAAACCCUCUCCCUCCAGUAACAACCUGUGUUCGGCCUACACCAGCGAGGGGGCGCUCUCUGUUCCCAGCUUGUGUGCUCCCACCCCAGGCUGUGUAAAGUUCAGCUGGGGUUCGGAGCGUUUGGCCUUCAAGCCUGGCGGCAGGAGGACGCGCUUUCUGAGUACGCCCUGCUUGGCUCUUUGGAAGAUGGUGAAAAAAGUCUGCCCCUGCAACCAGCUCUGUAGGACUAAUAGCACCAAUGCAGUGAGCGGUUCAGGUGGUUUGGGUCAGAGCCAGGGGGGUUCUCAGUGUCUGCCCCCCAACAUGUCGGCACCCCACCAGAGGAAAGGAACCUUCACCGAUGACCUCCAUAAACUGGUGGACAACUGGGCCAGAGAUGCUAUGAACCUCUCACAGGGGAAGAGGAGUGCCAAACAGCUGCAGCAGGCCCCAGCACAGGGACACAGCUACGAGGUUAUCCAGUCAGCCAGUCUGGGCAGGAAGUACUCUGCUCCCAGCCAGCUGUGUACCAGCAGCAUUGGAGGUUCAGCCCACCUCCCUACAAACUCCACCACCGCUACCUCUCUGGCCGCUCGCAAGGGCUCCCUGUGCCAACCCCCUGCCUCCUCCACUCCACCUCAACCCCAACCUCCCCAGUUCAUCCACUACACCCCCACCGCUGCGUACAGUGCACAAUGGUCUGGUCCUGCUCACAGCCUGUCAACCCCACACCAGGCCCCUGCACAGCCUGGGCCUCUACUUGUCAGCACCUCCCAGCCCCUGGGCCCCUAUCCCACCACGGUUGGUGGACAGGGCCAGAUUCCCGGGCAGGGGCCACUCCAGGCUUUCCAUCUGACCAACACUCUGCAGAAGUCAGUCAGCAACCCAGGAGGACCCAACCUGAGGACCACGUAGGGCUGGGGGUGAGGGCUGGUUUGAAUCACGGCCCGACUGGACUGGAUUGGUGUGGAACAGAGUCUGAUGCGCUUGAUCGGUCGGAGAGGAUGGAAGAACUUGCGAGGAAUGUGGAGAGCAGGGAGUUUGAAAAUGAGUAUGAGAGCUUACCUGUUUAAGAGGAGAAAGGAAAAAAGGAAAUGAGGAGGAAAGAAGAAAUCAGGAAUGCGAUGUGGCCAUCUCCACAAAUAGUGUGAUGAAUCUGCAGUUGUCACAGAACCAAAUGCAGUCACACAAUCUCCCUUUCUGCUGUGUUUGACUGUGUUUGACUUGUGACAGCCAGCCAAAUGCUCAAGGAUAAAGGAAAAGACUCAUGAGUGCAAUGUUAAAAGGCCAAAGAGGUUUUGACAGGGUGCAGGAUUGGCGUUAAUUACUGUUUGUGUGUAAGGUAUCGUGUAUAGGCACUUAUGGCUCGGUCACACUUGUUCCAUUUCAUGCUCUAAAUUAAGUGAACAAGUCUUUACAAGGCAGGUCAAACAAUCACCCUUGUGAGACAGUGGAGUUGUAUCAGGUUGGGGGUGGAGGAAUGUGGUGGCCACUUUUAGCCCUUGUGUUCACACUUUUAUUUAAGGUAACUGACAGAAGGGAACACAUCGCAUUAAGGUUGUCUUUCUUUGUGUUCAUCACUCUGAAAUCAAGCGGCGGCAGUUUUCUGCCAGCUGUUUGCAUCAUUUUGCAUCCCUCAAAUGAAUUCGUACAAGGAAGGCUGCAGAUAGCAGCUCAUAAAAGUUUUGAGAGCAGAAUGGAGAGAUGUUUAGAGCGGCCUCUUGAGUUUUUUCUUGUUCAGGAAGUGUUUUUUCGUCAGUAUUCAGAAUUUGGAAAUUUUUCUUAACCAUGAAAAGCACAAAAAAAUCAAGAACAAAGAGCUGACCUCGAGCUUGGUUUAGAAUAGGUGUAGUCCAGCACAUGGUGGGGUUUCGAUUCGUGGUUGCUACUCCUCCGUUACCUCCUUUGUCUUGUCUCCCUUGUUUGUUUGUCCGUCAUUCAAACAGGUGGAGAGAGAUGGAGGAGAGAAAGUAGACGAAGAGGGAGAGCAGCAAGCAGGUGUUUGUGUUAAAUAACAGUCAAACACCUCAUCUGUUUCGUGUUCCACUGCUUACUUUACGAACAUACCGGCUGUGUGCGCGCCAUUGCUAAAGUACUAAAUGGACAUGACAGAUGCUUCUGCACACCGAACGCCUCUUCACCAUCACGACACCACCUCUUCCUCCAUCCCUCUCUCCGACUCUCUGUUGCCAUUUGAAGCAAUAACAGCAGAAACCUUUUAGAGAAAAAAAGCCCAAACAUGAGAGAACUCAGCGUGAAAAAGUGGCCUUGUUAUCAGAAUAAUAUAGAGUCCCUGUACAGUUUGUGUCUCUGUUUAUUUUUUAGAAUGUCAGCUAUGAUGAUUCCAUUUUGUUGUUUUAUUUUGUUUUGUUGGGUUUGUUUUGCUUGCUGCCCCCAGCUAGCAAUCUGAGACACACACACACACACACACACACACACACACGCAUGAGACAUUGAUAUAAAUACACACACCUGCAUACACACACAGCCAGACUCAUGUAAAUACAUGCACAUUUUUGGAGGUGUUGUAGCCGUUUAACAGACAUAGAUUCACAGAGUAAUGCCUCAGUUCUCAUUACCAUCAUUAGGUUGGUUUCAACAUUUGUGUUGAAAUGAUUGCAAUGUACAUUAUUGUCAUGAUUAUUGUUGUUAAUGAUUAUUAUUCUAUUUAAAAAGAAACAAAAACAAGAACGUGUUCUGUCGAUGGACCUGUUAUACGCGCACAUCGGUGUACGAUGUGGAAACACUGUGAUUAUUGUUGUUUAUUAUUAGAAAAUGUUGUUGGACAACAUUAGUUUUAGGGUGAAAUGUCACAAAUAAAAAACAAAAAAACAAAAGCAUACAGAGAACGGUUUUGGGGUCCUUUCACUUUCAAUUCACUGCUUUCAGCAAAUGGAUUCUUGUCAAAAUGUGAAAAAAAUUUAAAUCCCUCUUUUCAAUAAUCCUCUUAACAUCCAGUUACUGAGGACACUAUCCAAACCAGAUGCCUUAUCAACAACUAAUCAACUGCAGUUUCAGUUCAUCUUUAUAAUUGAUUGAAUUGAAAGUUGAAACUGACCUCCAAGCCCGAUUACAAAGACAAACCGGGGUGAACGGCAGGAUAGUUGAUAUUUAGAUAAUAAAGUAAUGCUAGCUAUUUUUUUUCUUAAUACAGUACUUAUAUAUCAGACACUUUAAAUAGCCCUCCUCUAACCUUUCUCCCCUGGUUUUGUUAGAUGAAUGUGAAUGUAUAAACCAAUGGUGUCCAUUUUAAUGUACUUGAAAAAAAAGGUCUGUCUUUUCUUUUUGCUUUCUUUUGCUUCCCCCUGACCCCCGACCCCUAGAGCCUCUGGUGAAUACUGGAGGUGGUUACUAGUGCCUUGCAUCCUUCCUGUUGCUUGUUCCUUUGUGGGGUUGAGGCCUCGGGUUAAAGUAAGCACACUUAACAGCAUGUGUGGAGAGUUUUUGGGUGCCGCUUUGAAGUCAGUGGUGAUGAUUGGACCUGGUGUUAGUGGAGCAGGCAUUCAGUAGAUUGGUGGAGAUGCGGUAAUAAUGGCUUUCGUUAGCUGCUACUGUGUGCACUACAGCUGGUUUGUGGUUAAUUCUGUUUGAUUUCAACUAAUUGAGAGUGUAUCUUCCUCCAAAAAACAAGACUGUUUCCCCAUGGAUUGAAAAACUGAAAAUCGUAACUAUUAACCAUAUAACUUAGCUCUUUGAAUUGACUGUGUCUACGGCCCGGUUACACCACCAACAUGAUAAAAGAUGGAGAGAACAUGAGUUAAUCAGUGCCAUUUUUUCAGGGUUUUAAAUGUAGAUAUUGGGAAGAAAAAAAACGAGAUGAGAAUAUUUUAUAAGUUUCAAGGAGGAAGUUAUUGAAGAUUGUAUUUGAAGCUUGGACCACUCUGUACUUUAGGGGCACUGGCCCUGGUGCAGGAUACAGUCAGCAGAGGACGCAUUGGUAUAGUGAACUAAAGUUUAUUUUAAUGACAUAUCUCUAGUGUCCUAUAGAUUUAUGUUUUUACCAAAACGCAUGUUGAUGCUGUGGCCUGUGGAUAAAAAAAACUAAGUCUCCUGCCCUGGUUUUGAGCACAAUUUUAUUAUUAUUCAGUGAAUAGCGAGUGCGUACAUUUGCCAGAGAGAAACAAUAGUUUGUUUCACUAACUUUAUAAAGGCACAUCUACUGUAAACUUCACAUGGAUUUGCAGUGAAAUUACCACAACACAGUGGAAAAGCCCCAGACUGACUACAGAGCCAUGAUCACAUGCCCAAAUAGAAUAUUUACUAUACAGUUACUAUGCAUUACAGACUUUAAAGACCCUGAAAACUUUUUUCCACAUUACAUAUUCAUGGCUAAAUAAGCAUUUCUUAAGCUUAACACUCUAAAACUCUGCUUUGUCAGGACUCUGUGGGUGUGUUUUGAAUCAGAUUUGAUUGGCAAAGACCAAAAAACACCCACCGUCAUCAGAUUCUGAUUCAGAGUUUGCUAUUUCUUGAUUGAGGCAAGGAAGUUAAUUUUUCCACCUGAGCCCUGCCCACCAGUGAGAAGAGAACAGAGAAACAGAAAUACAGAAAUCUCUCAUUGAAAAUAACUAAUAAUAAUUUAAGUCUAUCAAAAUGUUGGCAUCAUUUUUUCAUGUAGGAACCCAUCACUAAGAAACUGAUUGAGAAAAUAAGUUUCCAGGGCCUUAAAGUGAAAAGCUAAACAAAGGUGAACAAUCAUUGUAGGAGCCAUUUUGCACCUUGUUAUUAUCAGUAUUUACGAGGCCAGAAACAGAUUUGGUUGGUAAUGCCUCCUCAUCUGAGAGUUUCUGCUAUUGGGCAAAAAAAGCAUGUCUUCAAAAGUUGUGAAUAUUGUCUCAUCCACUCCUUUUCCCACUGUAUGUGUCUGAAGCUGUACCACUGAGGUUUAAUAGGUUUUAAUAACAGAAAUGACUGUAAACCAAAAAACGAAAACAAAUAUUUGAACAUAAGGGCAUCACAGUGCUAGUUGUGGUGUUGGUGGUGGUUAUAAUGAUUGUGCUGGUAGUGAUGAUGGAAGUGAUGGUGAUAAUGGAGUUAUGGCGCUAUUAGAUUCAAGGCCUUUGACACCCUGUCCUCCUUUUCUCUUUUCAUUUGUCAGUGCAAAUGACGCAUAUCUGGUACAAACUCUGACAUUCACUUAACGUAUUUUGUGUUGUUUUUUUUUUGUUGUUGCUGGGAAUGGGUAUUCUGGAUUCACAUAAAAACAUAAAAAGGUUACUUUGUAAAGUUUGUACAAAAAUAGCAUCGCUUUUGCCUGUUUUUGGGAUGUUUUUCCAUUUCUCAUGAAUAAUAAUGCAACAUUUUUACUACUAGGCAAGUUUGGUUGAAGCUGUGAAUAAUCAUUGAGCCACUUUGCUUUAGUUCUGGUUAUGAGCAUCCUGUUUAUCAUGAUCUGUCAAACCAACUGCCACCAACUCAGUGCCAUUUGACUCUUUGUUAGUGGAGUGGAAACAUGAGGGGUAAAGAAUUAAAAAAGAAAACUGAGUGUAUUUACCUGCUUUUACUCACUGGAGCUGGUUUGGUUGCCAGGUAACAUCCUGGAUUUUCACUUUGCAAUUGCUCGAGCCUCAAAUGAUUUCCACAGUAGAAGAUAGUACUUUGCUGUGUCUCUACUAUGUAAUUACUAUGAAAGGAAUGCCUACUACAAUGCAAUAUUAUUUAAAGUUACAGUAUGCUAUCAAGCUCUGAGGUAGUGUUUGACAGUUACACCUUGCUGGAGGACUCUUAUUUCUAACACUCCAGAGUUAAACAUCAGUGGGUGCAAUUUUUGUGAAGUUUUUUUAAUGGAGUUUUACUGUGAACGGCUCAAGAGUUAUCCAGUGCAAGCACUCUUAUUGUGAAGUUUUGUAAACUAGUAGGGUUCUUUUUCUGGUGAGACACACACACACACACACACACACACACACACACACACACACACACACACACAUAGUGUAGCAAUAGUUAUUUUUAAUAGACUAACACAUUAGAUUCAGUUUUCACAGUUUUUGCCUGUUCAGGACUUGCUAACCUUUUAUGCUUUUUACUGUAGAAGUGCCCACAUGUUAACAAAAUGCCUUCAGUGACACACACACACACACACACACACACACACACACACACACACACACACACACACACACAGAUUGAUUGAUUCAGUGCAUCUCCUUGCCGUUUCAUGUAGCUUGCUCCUGUGGAAUGAUGUCGAGUCUCGAGCACAGCAACAGUUUCUCCUUCAGACUGUUACUGAACGUGUUGAUUAUGUUUCUGAUGCUCUCAUGUUUUAUUUUUUAUUUCUCACUUGUUUUUAUCAGCAGUUUUAAUGUCUUUAUAGCGGCACCUAACUUAAUUCAGUGGUUUCAUUUUCCUGUAUCGUGCUUGACAUUGUACAAAGUGGUUGGAUAAAAAAAAAAAAAACAUGGACGAAUGAAUGAGAGAAAAAACAAACAAAAUACAUGUAGGGAGUCAUCGGCAGCCUUUAAAGGUAUGUUUUGCACUAAGUAUAGAGUGUUCAAGCUUCAUAUUAAAAAAAACUUUGCGCUUUGCGCUACAAUACAAUGAAAUUUGUUACUUUAUUUGUAAAAACUUAAUAAAUAAAAGUUGUUUAAAUGA